CUCCCAUUGUUGAGUCCUUCGCGUGCGACGCGUCCCCCUCGGCGUAAGGUGACCCCGCAUCGCAAGACCUCGAAGCGCAAGCACCUCGCGGUGCGGCUCGCGCAAAUACCUCUUGAGGGAUCCAUGCCGUCGGACGCCGGCUACGAGGGUUUGGAUGGCGGGCAAUUCCUCAGAGCCAUCCUCCCCGGUUUCCGCAAAGGUAUCAAGAGUAAUGUCCAAUAAUUCCUCAAGAGUAAUGUCCCUAAAGCAACGGUCAAGCAAAGCACCGUAUCUCAGCAGCGCGGUGACAACCGCCAGGCGGGGACUUCGGGAGAACCUGAUGUAAGCACCGAGAGGUGUUCGGGAGUACCUGUUCCUCGCGUUCGCGUCGGCGCCCGCUGAAAGCAACAGCUCUACCAUCUCUAAAACCGCCACCGCGCCAGUCCCACAGUAGCAAGCCCUCAUCAGCGCGGUAUUUCCGCAUGAAUUGCGAAGAUCGAUUGACGCACCGCGCGACAGGAGGUAUCGUGCCAAGUUAACGUGCGCUAAAGUCAUGCGAUCAUGAUUAAUAUCGCCCCCUGCACAAUUGAGCAGAAGCGUCUCGUCAUUAUCAUCACCUUCAUCACCUAAGGAAUCGUCUACAUUCCGCGCGACGCCGUCGCUGUCGUCCUCAAAAUAGGCCCUGAUGGUCUCUAGGUCUCCUCGAGCCGCUGCGGCAAAAAGAUGCUCUGGGAUCAUCGCCGCGACAGUGGACAGUGGCGCUUUAUAUCUCGCGCGUGAGUUGCCGGUAGGUCGAUUCUAGUGUGUUACAAGACGCUAGCUCCACUCGGUUUGCAGCGGCAAACAGGCGUGACACUGCGCGGCUCCGAGCAGAGGCCUCGUGUAACGCUGCUCUACAGGCUGUAUCACACAUUGCAGAGCAAUGGCUCGAGUUAUGCUGCUUCCACUAGUGCUGCACCACAGUGCUGCCUUCUCCCUGCUUGUGCAGCAGCGCACAAAUGCCGCCACAGCGAUGCGCGGAAGCGAUGAUGACGCCAUCGACGCGUCCUCACCGGACGCGUUCAUCGCGGGACUAAUGAAUCGAGUCGGUGAUCUGAAGAGCCGCCAGCUCGAGCUACCUAUAGUUGUAUUGGAUGCGACGCUGCCGAACCAGCGACUCGCCAUCAGCACGUCGGACCAGGCGUUCCGCGAAAUGGUCGAAUAUUGUGGCGUCAAAGCGGUCGAGGAGGCGGGCGACGAGCAGUUCGACGAUCAGCGGCACGGUCGCUUCCUGCGUGGAAAUCAACCAUUGAGCUAUGUCGUCGAGAAAUAUUGCGUGGACCUUCCGUGAACCUCCACGCCAUCGAGCCGACGCGGCCACGACGACAACGUCGCGUCGACGGCUUGGAAUCUCCACGCCGUCGAGCAGACGCUACGGAGACAACAUCGCGUCCAUGGCAUGGGGCGCCCGAAAUUUGAUUUCCACACAGGUCGCUUCGGCAUCGUAGGUGUGGAUAGGCAAACCGGCAGCGCGUUCCCGUUCGGCGUCGAGGCGAUCAUUCUGAAGGCAUCGGUCGCCAGCGAGACGUGUUCCGUCGAACUGAAAGGGGGCCGGCGCUUCACCGUCGACGAAACCCAGGACGAAGCCCCGGCCGGCGCCGUGCAGCCGCGCAAGGUGACGCUCGCGCCAGAAUUAGAUGAUGACGACGAAGCGGCGGCCGUCGCGGCGGCGCAGCGGCUGCCCGCGCUCGUCGAGCAGUGAGAGACUGUGAGGAAAUCAACCAAGAUCGAGCAGACGUAGUCACGGAGAGUGGGGCGCCUGAAAUUUGAUUUCCACACAGGUGGGAGAAGCUCGUGGUCGACGGCGGCCACGAACGGCAGCCGGACCACCUUGGUUUAGUCCGAAAGCAUUUGGGGCCGAUGCCGCCGCCCGAGCGACCAACCGACCUGGCGUUGUGGGUCGGCGCGUAUGUGAACCCACUGCCGGCGCUCGGUGUUGCCCUGGAGAUCAGGCCGCUCCUCCUUAGAGCGACGACAGCUAAAGAACGCGUCGACGCAGCGGUUGCAGGUAUUGCGUCGUCGAUCGCGCACCUAGACGGGUCCCGUAGAUUGUGGUAACUAACUUAGUAAACUA